AUGUCGGGCUUUGACUCCUUAUCUCACGCUGAUAAGCCCGACCAACAGCGGUUACAGACGCAGCCUUUGCACCUCAUUGGGUCCGAGUAUCCGACGGAAGGUUAUAGUCGAGAAGGUCUUAAGCCUGAGCCAGAUUUCCUCGAUGCCAGUCUCAUGAAAGCCCUCAAUCAACACGCGAUGGAUGGUAUGUGUCGUCAUCGCAAGAAGUGCGACAAUGUUCGACCUGUUUGCAGUCAGUGUCGCAAGGCGGGGGCAGAAUGUGCGCAAAGUAAAUCACAGACUUCGAACGACUCCAUCAUCGUGCCACGAAGAUACCUUGAUUCGCUAGAAGAAAAGGUAUCAGAGCUGGAAAAGUACGGAAUAGGAGGAAUACAGAACCAGUUUCUCAAGUCGCUUGGGAGUUCGCCUCCGCUGAUGACCGGAGUUCCUCGGCCGGAUUCGCCGCAACACUCGCUAUGCUUCACUAUUAAUACCCCGGGUCUCGGGCAGAAUGGCAGACCGGGGUUCGGGAAACCAAUACAGUGCGAAGAGUGCAUCAGCGGAGCAUUCCCAACGCAAUUUCCAUCGGACCUGAACAUGACACUACUGGAGGACGUAAGUCGGCCAGCGAAAACUUCCACCAUCCAACACACUACAGCCCUCCCAGGACCGUACUGUAUUAGCGACUAUUGGCACCUUGAACUAUACGCAAACGUCUACCUUGCGCAUAUCCAUAAGAUCUAUCCCUUCCUGGAUGAGGACUCAGCUCGCAGGUGGAUUAUGCGAAUCUGCCAAGGAUGUCUACCAAUUGUUGGAGAAAGCAUUGUCCUGCUGCGCAGAUAUCGAAGUCGACGCGGCACCCGCGAGGAACCUCAGGGUACCGUCUCUUUGAGCCUUCCCUCGAUCACGACAGAGGUGGAAGACCAGAAUCCACAGGUCAAACGAGACACCAUCAUGUGUUGCUACAACUUGAAUGAGAUCAUUUCCUUCGCAUGGGAUCCUCCUCAAUCAGCGAAACUAAGCUCGAUGGACGACAAUGUAUUCAUCAGCACUGGUAACGUUGGCCCACAGUCGCUGGAUGUCCCUUCACCCUUGGAGCAUCUAUUCCAGUUGCGUCGCCUGCAAGCCAAGAUCCGAUUCUUCCAUGAAUCCACUCGCAAACUGUGCUUCGAUCGUCCAUUUAAGGCCAAAUGGCGGGACGAUCUGAAAGCCGAUUCGGAUGAAUGGAAGCAAAACACAAUGAGUACGCUUGCCGACCAGGAACUGCUUCUCGCAGUGUACCGUCCAAAUUGUAUACACAAAGUUUACAGCUAUACCAUGUGUCUUCUCUUCCAGGACAUAUCAGCUUUCGCUGGUGUCGACAGUUUCCUCACAAUGCUUGUCGCCGCAGCACCCGCAUGUCGAAAAUUCAAGCUGAUGCGAGAAAAGGAAGGGGUUCUUUGGCUAUUUAAUUGGACAGCAGUAAGCACAGAGGCUUCCCUGAUCUUUGUGGUGGCCCUUACUGACGAUUUCUGUGCAAGAUUCUCUACCAAUUUCGUACGGGGAUAUCACUUCUUUACUGUUUUUGGGCAUCUCCAAACCAUCAACGCUCUGUCGAUUUCACAUCACCAGAAGUGA